AUGAGUGGGAAGGUGAGAAUACCAAGACUAGUCUCCGUGAAUAAUGCAUUCACGGUGGGAUUAGUGAUUAUUGUUGUGAGCUUGCAAAUAGGCAACGGUCAGUUUGACUAUGAGUUUGGACCUGAAGGCGUUGAGAGCGAUGCGGCUGUUGAUGGUGCUCUUCAUGCCAGGCUACCAGCAUUCUCGGUCGCAUCUCAUGGGGCAGCUGCUUUCUGUGAGGCAUGCGAUCACAAGGAAGCAUGCAUUGAAAGCAUUGGGUCUGUGGCAAACAAGCCCAAUGCAAACCCCAAGGACUUUGUCCAAGCUGCUAUACAAUCCACCAUCACACAGGUCAGCACUGCAUUGGAUGUGUCUGGUAGCAUAGCAGCCAACUCCUCCGGCUCCAAGAAGAUGUCCAUGGAAGACUGUAAGGACUUGCUUGGGUUUGCUGUUGAUGAGCUUAAGAAUUGCUUUACAGCUGUGGGAGGAACUGACUUGCACGCCUUGCGCGACAAACAAGUCGACCUUCUUAAUUGGUUAAGCGCUGUUAUUUCCUAUCAGCAUACUUGUCUUGAUGGCAUAUUUGACUCCCAACUCAAGGAAGAAAUUAUGUCAAGUGGUCUCUCAAAUGCAAACAAGCUCACAAGUAAUGCCUUGGCGAUUGUCUCCACCAUGUCUACGAUCUUUGAUGCUUUCAAAAUCCCUGUGAAGGUUGGUGGUGGGGGUAAUGCUCGUGCACUCACUGGUUUUGCACAAGGUAGUUUUGGAUUUGGUCUUGGUGGUCAUGGUGCUAGUGGUACUUGGAGUGGAGGUAUUGGUGGGGGUAAAGGUGGUGGUGGUAUAGGAGCAGGUGGUGGUGGCAGCGGUAGUGGUAGUGGUAGCGGUGGCGGCAGUGGUGGUGGUGGUGGUAGCGGUAGUGGUGGCAGUAGUGGUAACGGCAUUGGUACUGGUGGCGGCAGUGGUGGUGGUUAUGCUAAUAAAGAUAAAAAAACUAAUGAAGGUAGUUGUAAAUGUAGUUGUGAUGAUAAAGCAGGUGGUGGUGGCAGCAGUGACAGUGGAGGUGGCGGUGGCAGUGGCGGGGGCAGUGGCGGCGGCACUGGCAGUGGCAGUGGCGGCGGCACUGGCAGUGGCAAUGGCAGUGGAAGCGGCAAUGGCAGCGGUAGUGGCACUGGCAGUGGCAGCGGUAAUGGCGGUAGUGGUGGUAAGAAAGGUAAUGGUGAUUCAAGCAACCACAAAGCUACUAAAGAAGGUGGUGGUAAUGGUAAAGGUCACGGCAAUGGUAGUGGAAGUGGUGGUGGCAGUGGUGGUGGUAUAGGUGGUGGCAAAGGUAGCGGAAGUGGUAGUGGUAAAGGAAGUGGUGGUGGUAGUGGUGGUAAAGGAGGCAGUGGUGAUGGUAAAGAAAGCGGCGGGGGUGGUGGCAAUGGUAGUGGUAAAGGAGGUGGUGGUGGCGGAGGUGGUGGUGGAGGCAGUGGCGGUGGUGGAGGCGAUGGUGGCAAUAAAGGUGAUUCAAGUGGUGAUGGCAGUGCUACAGGAGGAGGGGGAGGUAAUGGUAAAGGUGGUGGUAGCGGAAAAGGUAGUGGGAGUGGCGACGGUAGCGGUAAUGGUAAGGGUAAAAGUGAUGAUAGUGCUAGCAGCGGUGGUGGUGGCGGCGGCGGCGGCGGUGGAGGAGGCGGUGGUGGUAGUGGUAAAGGAAGUGGUAGCGGUAAAGGUGACAGUAGUGCUAGUGGAGGAGGUGGAGGUAGCGGUGGUGGUAAGGGAAAAGGUGAUGGCAAUGGCAGCGGCAGUGGUAGUGGUACAGGUAAUGGUAGUGGCAAAGGCGGUGGAGGUGGCAGCGGUGGUGGGAACAAUAACGACAGUGGUAAAGAUAAAGAUAGUGGUAAAGGUAAUGGUAAUGGCAAGGGAGGUGGUGGAGGAAACAGUGGUGGUGGUGAAAAUAGUGGUAAAGGUAGUGCUAAAGGUAAUGGUAGCGGCAAGGGAGCUGGAGACGGAGGUGGUAGUGGUGGAGGCAGCGGCAGCGGAGGCGGUGGUGGAGGAGGCGGCAGUGGUGACAAAGGUAGUGCCAAAGGUAAUGGUAGUGGCAAAGGAGGUGGUGGUGGUGGAGGCGGCGGCGGUGGAGGAGGCGGUGGUGGUAAAGGUAGUGCCAAGGGUAAUGGUAGUGGCAAAGGAGGAGGUGGUGGUGGAGGCAGCGGUGGUGGUGGCGGUGGAGGCGGAGGCGGAGGAGGUGGUGGCAACAAUGAGUUUAGUUGGGGUAAUGGUAAUGGAUUUAAUUGGGGUGACAGUAGCUAUGGUGGUGGUGGUGGAGGCGGCGGCGGAGGUGGCGGUGGAGGUGGUGGUGGUGGUGGAGGCGGCGGAGGUGGUGGUAGUGGCAGUGGAGGUGGAGGCGGUGGUGGAGGUGGAGGUGGAGGUGGAGGCGGAGGCAGCUGGGGUGGUAGUAAGUAUAGUGGCGGUGGAGGUGGAGGUGGUGGAGGAGGCAGUGGGACUGGUAAAGAAGGUUUUGGUUUUAAUUUUAAUAAAGGCUUUACCAUCGGUUCUGGUUCAAGACGACUUAAGGAGGUAUAUCAAAGCAAUGGUGAGUAUCCAUCAUGGUUGUCCGGUGAAGAUAGAAAGCUAUUAGGCAACAACAAUGGCAAUGAAAAGUUAAUGCCUAAUAAAAUCGUGGCCAAAGAUGGGAGUGGAGACUUUAAAACUAUUGCAGAGGCUCUUUCUUCCUAUCCCAAGAACCAUAAAGGUAGAUACACUAUAUAUGUUAAAGCUGGGAUAUACAACGAGUAUCUAACCGUUACAAAAGAACAAGUCAAUGUGUUUAUCUAUGGAGAUGGACCCCGAAAGACAAUCAUUACUGGAAGAAAGAAUUUCAACGAAGGUGUUUCAACCAUUAGAACUGCUACAUUCUCUGCUAUAGGAAAUGGAUUUAUAGCAAAGUCAAUUGGAUUUCAAAACACAGCAGGACUAGAGGGGCACCAAGCAGUGGCACUUCGAGUUCAAUCAGACAUGUCUGCAUUUUACAACUGUAGAAUGGAUGGUUACCAGGACACUUUGUAUGUUCAAACUCAUCGCCAAUUCUAUCACAACUGUGUCAUAUCAGGAACAGUUGACUUCAUCUUUGGGGACGCAGCAGCUGUUAUCCAGAACUCACUGAUCGUAGUUAGAAAGCCUGGAAAAAACCAAAAGAAUGCAGUGACUGCUCAAGGCAGAGUUGAUAAGUAUGAAACUACAGGCAUAGUAAUCCAAAACUGUAAGAUUGUCCCUGAACAGAAACUCUUCUCAGAAAGAUUGAUGACCCCCACAUACUUAGGCAGGCCAUGGAAAGAAUACUCCAGGACAGUAAUCAUGGAAUCCGUAAUAGAUGACUUGAUCCAACCAGCAGGAUGGCUGGAAUGGGAUGGUGACUUUGCACUAAACACACUCUACUAUGCUGAGUAUGCAAACAAAGGCCCUGGUGCUGCAACCAACCAGAGGGUGAAAUGGAAGGGAUACAAGGUCAUCACUGACAAGAAUGAAGCUCUUCAAUUCACACCAGGUCAAUUUAUCCAAGGAAAUCUAUGGUUAGAAAAAACUGGGUCACCAUUCUUCCUUGGAUUAAAGAGCUAAUUCAUCAUAUAUUUUAAUUAAUUAAUAAUAAUAAUAAAAUAAACACUUAGGUAGGUGUAAUCCGAGGAUGAGAGGAUGGUAGUGAUCAUUCCCACCCCACCUCGUUGAUUAAACAAAUAAAGAAAAAGCAUUCUCCAAUUUGUGGUUAAUGUUUGGUUUCUUUUUUUCUUUUUUUUAUGUAAUACAAUAUUGUAGGCUAAUUGCCUGUUUCAAUAAUAGUAUGCAUCUACACUAAAUCCUUA